UCCUUAUCCGGGCUGUCAUGUGACAUAGUGAUGCCGGCAAGGCUUUACCGGCGUAAGAGUUUGACACAUUUCUUGCGUGACAUCACGCGCACACAGCUUGGUCACGUGGCUUUGACGCCCGGACUUCCUCUCUGUCCACCGGCCUCAAUUACCCAAGCGGUUGCCUUUUGUCAGGGCACAAACCAAACAUGUCCACUGUGCGUAACUCCUUAAUUACUUUGACAAGGGCAACACCCGGAAGUGUUCGCGAGAGUGGGGUGCCAGGGGCUGCAGAUUUUAGCAGAAUGGCUGCCUCUUCUUCAUCCUCUUCAGCUGGUGGAGUCAGUGGGAGUUCUGUCACUGGAUCUGGAUUAAGCGUUUCGGAUCUAGCUCCUCCAAGGAAAGCACUGUUCACUUGCCCAAAAGCAGCUGGAGAAAUGUUAGAAGAUGGUUCUGAGAGAUUUCUGUGUGAGUCAGUUUUCAGCUAUCAAGUUGCAUCUACCUUAAAGCAGGUGAAGCAUGAUCAGCAAGUAAGUCGAAUGGAGAAGCUGGCUGGUUUAGUUGAAGAGCUUGAAGCAGAUGAAUGGAGGUACACCCCUAUAGAGCAGCUUUUAGGAUUCACCCCAUCUUCUGGUGGAAAGUGACAAGAAUAAAGACUGUUCUCUCCAGCUUGUAAUUAAAAGAGAGAUUCUAUGACUCCAAAACUGCAAAACUGACAACAAAGAGAAAGUUUCUGCUGCUCUUAUAAUAUGGACCUUGCUAUGUAAAAUAAUUUAUUGUGAGCUAGCUGCUCCUGUACCUCACACGACUAGUGAAAUUAGUUUGCAUUCUGUCACUAGAACACCACUAAUGAACAUCUAGAUAUUUCAUGGCCCUCUAAUGAUCUUUUAGUGGAUUCCAAAAAUACAGCAGGAGCGCCGAGGUCAGAGGGAUCAUGUGUGUUGCGGUCAAGUGUUUGGAAUGAGGGAAGUGUUAUGAAUGUACUCUUUCCUUCUGUAUCCAGGGUGUCAAAGGGAUUGGAUUACCACUGGGCUGUUAUGUUUUGAUCUCGUAUUACUUUGUAUUGAAAGAAGUGUUUGUAAUCAUCUAGACCUUGCAUUCUAUUACAAGCAGCACUGGAAUCAGACCCUUACCUUGACUUUACCAGGAUCCAUUGUGAUAGACUGGGUACAGGCACAUGCAGCGGAUUUCAUGCAAAAAUACAAACUCUUGCGUUUUGCCGCUGAAAUCUGCAGUGUGUGUCUGCACCCUGGCCAAAAAAAUGGAUUUGGGUAAAGGCAAAGUUAGGUGCUAAGGGUGCUGAAAAACACAGGCUGAGUUUCAUCCCCCUUGCCAUUACCCACACAGCUUCAUAAAUAGCAUUUUUAUUAGUGUAUGCAUCCUACUGUGGGGUUACAUAUGUCUUUAACCAGCUGAGGAUUUAUAUAAACACAGAUAUCUCCUCUGCUUGGUUGUGAGAGCCUUUGUACUGUGAGUUGCUGUAAUUAAUGUGUUUUAUGCUGUUUUGUACAAAUAAAUACCUGAAAUGCA